AUGGAUGAAGUAAGAAUUGUUCUGUUGGGUAAGCAAGGAGCAGGAAAGAGUUCAUCAGGAAACACUCUUCUGGGUCAAAACCUGUUUCGAACAGCAGCCCACACAAUUCGAGUAACCAAGAUCUGUUCAGCCCAAACAUCCACUAUAGGCAAGCAAAAGAUCACGGUGGUUGAUACACCUGGAUGGCCUGAUUCUUCAUCUGAGACUGAAAUCAAGCAGGAGAUCAUGAGAUGCAUUGACAUGUGCAGUCCUGGACCUCAUGUGUUUCUCCUGGUGUUACCCCUCGGAAGAUUUACUUAUGAAGAGAUAAAAACAAUCAUCGAUAUUAUGACUGAAUUUGGUCCUGAAGCUUACAAACACAUGCUACUGCUGUUCACCAGAGGAGACGAUCUGGAGGGGAAGACCAUUGAAGACUACCUUAAAAAUACACAAGAAGACCUGAAGAAAAUACUUGAGAUGUGUUCUGGAUACCAUGUGUUCAACAACAAAGACAAAAACAAAAACAUUCAAAGUCAAGUAUCUUCUAUUUUGCAGAAGAUCAAUCGUAUGGUUGAAAACAAUGCUAAAAAGUGUUACACAAAGACUAUGUAUCAAAAUAAAGAUCAACAAAGAGAACAAGAGGCAUGGCGGACAAAUGAAGAGAAUUUGGCAGCAAGCAAAUAUGCUACUAAACAUAAAAAUACAGAAUCAAAGAUGGGGAAAUACAGUGAAAUGAAUGAGAAAAGAGAAAAACAUAGCCAAAUAAGAGAAGUGAGGAAACAGAUUGAUAAAGAAGAGAGAGACACUGAAAUAGUGAUGCCCAUGAAUAAAAUAUCUAGCAAUGAGGGAGCACAUAGACAAGAUUAUAAUAGAGUGGAGCGAACAUCUGUUGAUAAAAGGAACACUGAGAUGAUUAUUGAAUUACAGAAAAGCAAUGAAGAUAUGAAACUUAAACUUGAAAAUAUGACAGUGCGUCUACAAUAUGUGGAAGCGAUUCUACAAGAAAUACAAGAAAAACAAAAAACUAUGCUUGAACUAUUUGUUAAUGUUUAUUUUUGUUCCCUAGGAAAUAAGCUGCGUAUUAUCCUGGUUGGGAAAACGGGCAGUGGGAAGAGUGCCACAGGAAAUACCAUCCUUGGAAAGGAAAUUUUUCACAAAGAAUCAAGCUCCAAGUCAGUAACCAGGGAGUGCACGAAGGUUACUGAAAUUGUUGGUGAUAAAGAAAUCACAGUGGUGGACACUCCUGGAUGGUGUGAUACGGAGCUAUCUGACAAAAAGUUGACGGCAGAAACAGUCAAGUGCAUCGACCUGUCCUACCCUGGACCGCAUGUCUUUCUACUUGUGUUAAGGAUUGGUCGUUUCACAGAUGAAGAGAAAAAAACAGUCCAGAAAAUAAGGGAUGUCUUUGGUGAAGAUUCCAUUAAAUACACAAUGAUUCUGUUCACGAGAGGAGACGAUCUGGAAGAGGACAAAUGUAUCAUUGACUAUGUAAGAGAGGCUGCACCAGAUCUUAAAGCUUUAGUUAAUGAGUGUGGGGGCAGAUAUCAUGUUUUCAACAAUAGAGAUGAAAACCGUAACCAAGUAACAACACUCCUAAAGAAGAUCCAAGAUAUGGUGAAAAGCAACAAUGGCCAGUGCUUUUCUAACACGACAUACCAACUAUUACAAAAAUACAAAGCAAGAGAAGCUGAGUUAAAGGAAGAAAUCCAAGCUGCUGAGAAGGAGAUGCAAGCCAAAAAAGCAGAGUUCAAAAAACUGGUGGAGGAGAAUCAACACUACAAGCAGAGAGAGGCAGAGCUAGAGCAACAAGUAAAACAACAACAACAAGAAAUACAAAAACAACAACAUGAACAAAAAGUCAAAAAAUUGAUUGAUCAGUUUUCAGUGAUAUCUGCAAAUAAGCAAAAGGACGAAGAAAGCAGAAAAGUAGAUGAACUAAAACAGCAGCUGGAAAAAGAAAGAGCUGACAAGGAAGCAAUGUUAAAACGUCUACAAGAAAAGUCGAGUUGCUGUAUUUCAUAA